AUGGCUGUUGAACAAGCCCCAGUUGACGUUGUCGCCGCCGCCGCUGCUCCAAACAAUGCUGCUCCAGCCGAGCCGGCCGUCUACUUCACUCUGGAGUCAUCUGACAAUCAGGAAGUGAAGAUCUCCUCGUUGGCCCUUCAGCAAUCGAAGACUCUUGCUGAUCUGGUCGCCAAUCUUCAAUACCAGAAUGGAACUACGGAGACAAUUCCAAUGGAUAACAUCUCCAAGGCCACGCUGGACAAAGUUGUCGAAUGGUGCGAGCACCACAAGGGAGAGCCGAUUCCAGUGGACAAUGAGAGUUCUCCGAAGAUCGUCGUCAUCCCAGAUUGGGAUGACAACUUCCUGAAGAUGGAUAACGACCAGCUGUUCUACUUGAUCCUUGCUGUCAACUACCUCGACGUCAAACAACUCAUGAACUACGCUUGUCGGAAAGUCGCUCUCAUGGCCAAGGGAAGGACCCCAGAGGAGCUCAGUGUGAUCUUUGGAAUCCCAACUGAUGAGGAGGAUGAGGCUGCUGAGAGACGUGCUGCUGAGAGAAAGGAAGCUGCACAAGCUGCUGCUGCUGGAAAAGCUGGAUCGUCUACUGGAGGAGCCGAAGAUUCUGCCUAA